AUGAAAUUGUCACCUCAAGCUGCUUGGAAUCAAACUGGUUUUACAAUUACAGGAAAUCCGAAUGGAACAUCAGGAUCAUCAAUCUCUGAACUUAAGCAUCCCGUAGGCAUAUCAAUCGAUUACAAUGAUAUUCUUUACAUAAGUGAUGCAUUAAAUCAUCGUAUCGUUGUCAUUUAUCUUGAUUCGACUAUCGAACCUUUUGCUAUCAGUUCUAGACAAAGCUAUUAUCUUGGUGAAUUCGCACAUCCAUAUGAUGUGUUUAUCUUUAAUUCAACUCUCUAUAUCCUAGACGUUGGCAACCAACGAGUGCAAAAAAUGUCACUGAAUGGUUCAUGUCCAACUACUGUGUCCUUUGCAACUGUAUUACAGUCUUCAAUGAACUUUUAUAUUGAUAAUAUUGGUAACAUAUAUGUGAGUGAUGUUGGUAAUCAUAGUGUGUUUAUUUUUCGAUUAAACUCAACAAAUGGCUCACGAGUGGCUGGUAAUGGAAUCAGUGGAUCUACUGAUGAACAACUUAAUGCACCGUAUGGAAUAUUUGUGAACGAUGUUGGGAGUAUUUAUGUUGCAGAUUGUCACAACCAUCGAAUCAUGAAAUGGUUGUCAAACAAGCCAUUUGGCAUUCGUGUCGCUGGCGAUGGAACACCUGGUAGUUUGUCAACACAAGUUUAUUUCCCAACAGAUGUUAUUGUUGAUGAAAAUGAAUAUAUGUAUAUUACUGAAUCGGGUAGCGCACGUGUGACACGAUGGGCUCCUAAUUCAACUUUUGGUGAAUGCAUUGUUGCUUGUACACGAACAUGUGGAGCAGCUCCAAGUCAAAUAAGCGCGCCUCACUCGCUAGCAUUCGAUAGCUUUGGUUCACUGUACGUUGGCGAAUGGGGAAAUCACAGAGUCCAAAAAUUUGAACUUCUGAAUUAUCCAAUAUCAUACAAUCAACCAAAACUCUGUCGAAAUGUAAAUUGGAGUGAACACGGAGUUACUUUUGUUAAUAGAAGUACUUUGAGUUCAAGUGCUCUUGGUAUUUUUAUUGAUUUGAAUGACACUAUCUAUGCAUCUGAUUUCUCCAUAAAUAAAAUUCUUAUAUGGUCUAACCAGAGUAUCAAUCUCCAACCAAAAUCAACUGAUUGGUUAUACCUGUACACAAGUUUAUUUGUGACAUUAAAUGGUGAUAUUUAUUUUGACAAUGGCAACAGAACAGGUCGAAUCGAGAAGUUUACAUCAAAUUCAACAAGAAGCAAAUUUGUCGCAAAUUUUUCUGGAAACUGUUUUGGCCUCUUUGUGGAUAUUCGAAAUUCUCUAUAUUGCUCCAUUAAUUCUGAACACCGUGUAGUAAAGGUAUUAUUGGAUAGUGAUCAUCAUACGAUAACCAUAGUAGCAGGAACGAAUUCCUCAGGAUCAGAAUUAUAUCAACUUAAAGGCCCUUGGGGAAUAUUUGUUGAUGUUAAUUUUAAUUUGUACGUAGCUGAUGCUCAUAACCAUAGAAUUCAAUUUUUUCGAAGAGGAGAAUUGAAUGGAACAACAGUAGCUGGAAAUAAAACUCCAAAUAAUUUGGUAUUGGAGCAUCCAACGGAUGUGAUACUUGAUGGUGAUGGUUUUCUCUAUGUGGUAGACAAUGCCCAUUAUCGUAUUAUUCAAGUGAGAAAGGAUGAAUAUCAAUGUAUUAGCGGUUGU